CAGAUAUGGUAGAGCCAAGAAAAAGAGGCCACUGGGCUAUAAAUAAGACGUGCCUUGUUUGACAUCUCCAUCCCAUUCUUCUUUCAUUGGUGUUCUUGGAUCCUGAGCUAGGUUGCUCCUCGAAACUAUUCAAAAUGACUAAGACUAAGAUGGAGACAGUUGCUGAUAACAUCAUUGACAUGUUCCAUAACUACUCUGGGCAAUCCAAAGAUAGUGAAAAGGACACUCUGGAUCCAGUUGAAUUUAAGAAGAUGAUUGAAGUGGAGCUGCCUCACUUUGUCAAGCAAGUUCGUGAUCCCAAGGCUUUGGAGAAUUUCUUUGCCAAGGUGGAUGGAAACAAAAAUAAGCAUAUCAAUUUUGAGGAAUUCAUGAAACUUUUUGGGGAAUUCGUGGUGCUCAGCCAUGAGAAAUUCCACCAUCAGGAGGGUGGACCCCAUGACCAUCCUCAUCACCACUGAAAGGCCAGGCACAAGAGCACCCCGGGGAAUGGUGUGGGCAAAAAAAAUAAUUAAAAAAAAUCAAAUCAAACCAAAGCAAUCUUCUGAAAUACAGAUUUGUGCACCUUCCCAGAAUACUCCCCCUUGGAAUGGAAUGAUUGCGGCAGCAAAUUAAAAAUGAAAAUAAAAAUAUAUUGACUUGCA